GGGGGGAGGUGAGUGAGGCGCUGCGCUGCCCUGCCCACCUCUCCCUUAGCCACGGGUUUGUCUCCAGGCGAAGCAGGAGCCCGAGCCCCGAAGCACAGGCAGCCCGCCCCCGCGCCGACCAAUUCCCGCCGGGUUGUUGUUUGCUGCAAGGGAGAGGGUGGUCCCCCGCCCCCCGGUGACCUCGUGUCUCUCGCCCAGGAGCCCCUCGGGAGGGCGAAGGAGCGUGCGCGCGCGCUGGGUGCUUCCUCCAGGCAUUGCAGGGAUACAUGGCGCUCCCGCAGUCAGCCAAAGAAGGGGUGGGCUUGCCUGAACACCGCCGUUGGCUUUAGCGCCACAUCUCGGAGCUGCGCGGAGAGGGCGAGGAGGAGGAGGAGAAGCGGAGGGAGUCCGCUCCACUUCCCCGGCUGAGUCGCCAGUGCUCGCCUCGGCCUUUUGGAAAGGAGCCGGCAGCUUCCUUUCCAGCUGGAAGAGAGCGGGGGUGACUCAGGCUGCUGCUCCGCCGGGGGAGGAGCUCCACGCGAAGACUCCCUUCCCUCGCAGCUUCUCAGGCUGCUGGAGCAAAAAGCACGCUGCCGCUGAGGAGCCCCGACCGGGCUGCAGAGUUUGCGGGUCAUUAGUGCUGCACCAAACUCCCCGAGAGGCCAUCGCUCUAGCCCAGGAUAGCAGCCAUGGACAGUAACACUGCUGAACACCAAGUCAGUGUCAUAAAGAGUCCACCUGGAUGGGAAAUAGGCAUCUAUAUUACUGGUGCUGUUGCUCUGCUGGGAAUAAUUGGAGUAAACCUGUGGAAACUGUGGAAAUCUGGCAGCUACCCUGCACCAUCCCCAUUUCCAAAUUAUGACUACAGAUACCUGGAGCAAAAGUAUGGGACUACAUAUUCUCAGAUUAAGCAAAAGAGAGGUAUGAACAACUUCCGAAAAGCUGGAGAACGGACAUCUCCUCUUCGCAAGCCAAGUUUGAAAAUGGAUGAUACCUUUGAAAACAUUAACGAGUUGGGCACUUUGGAGCUGAUGAACAGAGACCUUGAAUUAGCACCAUAUGGACCCCUGAAAAAAUCCAUCUCAACUGACUCUCUCAGUUCCAUCUCCUCCAUUGGGAACAAUUUUGGUCAAGAAUUCACUGUGGGACAAGUGGAAGUCAAUAUGGAAUAUGAUGUAAACUCUAACACCUUACAUGUCACCCUGCUGCAAGGAAAAGAUCUCAUGGAGAAGGAAGAUGUUAACUUUGAGUCCUGCUUUGUGCGCAUCAGUUUGCUUCCAGAUGAACAAAUUGUUGGCAUUUCUAGGAUCCAAAGAAGUGCCUACUCAGUCUUCUUCGAUGAGAAGUUUUCAAUCCCUUUGGAUCCUGCUGCCCUGGAGGAAAACCGCUUGAGAUUUUCUGUCUUUGGCAUUGAUGAGGAUGAGAGAAACAUCAGCACUGGUGUAGCUGAACUAAAGUUGUCAGACUUGGAUCUCUCUAUCCGGCCUUUCAAUGCAUGGCUGUAUCUGCAGGAUAUGAACAAGGCAACUGAUUCAGUGGGUGAAAUCUUGCUUUCGCUUAGCUAUCUCCCAACAGCAGAGCGAUUAACGGUUGUUGUGGUUAAGGCCAAGAAUCUGGUGUGGACCAAUGGUAAAGUGACAGCAGAUCCUUUUGUGAAAGUGUACUUGCUGCAAGAUGGGAGGAAGAUCAGCAAAAAGAAGACUGCAACAAAAAGAGAUGACACAAACCCUGUAUUUAAUGAAGCCAUGAUUUUCUCAGUGCCAGCCAUCGUCCUACAGGAGUUAUCUCUGCGGGUGACUGUGGCAGAAUGUUGUGAAGAUGGGAGAGCUGAAAACAUUGGCCAUGUUGUCAUAGGUCCAGCAGCAGGUGGCAUGGGCAUCACACAUUGGAACCAGAUGUUGGCCACAUUGAGGAAGCCAGUGUCCAUGUGGCACCCACUUCGACAAAGCUAAAGACAUAUCUGCACUUUGGUGUGAAUAAUCUGGCAUGGUGCCUAAACUCUUCCAGUAGACAGAAGCUGUUGGCAAAUGGAGUUUACAGCACUUAGGAGUAAAACUAUUUUCCCAGUUAUUCACAAAAAUAAAUAACAACAGAAGAAAAGAUUGAUUGCCGAAUGGGACUACAGGAAACUUGAGAAAGCUUUGGAGAGUUCAAGCUUAGACAAAGAAGCUACUGGAACAAACAAUAGCUUGUUGCUGAGAUAGCUUGUUGACAAAUUGGGUGGACUGUGGCUCCACCAUUCUAAACAUCACCAGCUUGGGCAAACCCACUAGGGUUCCCAGACACAGAUAAAUUAAUUUUAUACCGAAUAUUUAAGUCCCAUGCAAGUCUUUUCACCAACUAGGUGUGGGUAUGGGGGAGUGUAUACCCACUUGGCUUCACCCACUGGGUUCAAUGGAUUCCAAACAGGUAUAGUUGGGAUCCUAGCUGUAUAACACAGUCUUUGUCACAUUGAUAGGAAGGCAAAACACAUUCACUGCAAAGGAACUUGAUUUUAAGAGAACAGGCUUCCAAGUAAAUGUAUUUACAGUACAAUCCUAAAGAGACUUACUCCAGGCUAAGCCCAUUAAAAUGAAUAGGUUUAGACUGGUGUAACUCUCUUUAGGAUUGCACUGUUAAUUUCACAGUCUCAUGGUACCACAAUCACAUGCAUCUUCAACUGGUGCAUACUCCAGAAGAGUAGCCAUAUCAGUUCAUUGCAGGAAAGACCAAGAGGCUGACUUAAGAACUCUGCUCUAGUGUGAGCUUUUGUAGGAAAAGACUUUCAGAGCCAUGAAAUAUAUAUACUUCAUGCAAAUGAGGAAAUAGACUUCCCUGGAAAAGCUCAUGCUAUAAAAAAUUGGUUCUGAGGGUGGCACUGGCUUCUCUCCCCCUACCUUCUUUGCAGCAAUAGUAUUUACCCACAAGGUGUUUUGCAUGAUCACAAAGACCUCACAUGACCAUCCAAGUACUCUCUAGACUAAAAUGUAAUUGUGAUUAAACAUGGUAUUUCAGUGAUAGCAUUACCAUCACUUAGAAAGCUCCUUGAUGCCCACAGAAGGUGCUUGGUUAGUGUUGGAUUGCCAACUUUGUGUUGUGAAAUGUCUGGAGAUUUGGGGGUAGAAUGUGGGGAACACAAGUUUGGGACCUCAUCAGUGUAUAAUGCUAUAGAGUCCACUGUCCAAAGCAGCCAUUUUCUCCAGGGGAACUGAUCUCUGUAAUCUGGAGGUCAGUUGUACUUCGGUGAGGUCUCCAGGUCCUACCUGGAGGCAAACAACCCUGAGUUGUGGUCACAUUGAAACUGUAGAUAGUGGAUGCUUUUCUUGGCCAAGUUUGUGCCUGCUUUGAGGGCAAAAGAGCUAGUAUGUGAUGUGGAUGAUAGUGCAUGACGGCAGGAUUCCUCUUGACAGGGAUGAAUUGGGUGACUUUCAUGUCCUCCCCAAUCACAGAAUUCUAAGUAUCCAAAGGAGUGGCUUUCUAAAGAGAAAAGAGAGGUUUCCCAGUUCAAAGAUCUUAUGUACAAUUACAUGCGUUGUUUCUCUUGGCUUACUCUGUGCACAGUGUUCAAGUACUCUGUCAUGAGCAAAACUAAUAAGAAAACUGAACAUCACAUAUGAACUUUUGCAUAGCUAGUAGAAAGGGUCACCAUUUUGAUACAUGGCAAAACAGAUUUUUUUAAAAUGACCCAAAAAUUGUGAAAACCAAAUUUAGCCUGUUAUUAAACUGGUUAAAAUUAUGUGAAUAUGUGAUUUCAAUGGAAUUGCAAGAGAAAGAAUGUCAAUAAAAUGGAUAUCCCAGCA